AUUGGAAUUUAUUUGAUAUUUACUAUUAUAUGAUUAUACAUUUUAUAAAUAUUUUUCUAAUAACUUGCAUGGUUAGCAUUACGGUCAGUGCAAAAAUUCCUAUGUGCUAGCUCUUUACUUGUUUUACAGAGCAAACGGGAAAUAUUUAGAUUACAAGGACAUACACAAUACCAAAUAACUUUAUUAUGAUUAAAAGAAUAUAUAUAUAUUUGUGGGAAAAGUCAAGUAAAAUAGGAAAAACUGGAAGACAAAAAAGAUUUGGUGUUCCUAUGAUCCUAUCCAUAUCUUUGUCAAGGCAUUAAAUGGUUACCACAUACUUCCGCUAUACUGUGGCCAAAAAGCUUUUUAUCCGAACCAAUUCAUCAUUUUUAUUUUCUUUUUAUUUUUUAGCUGGUGGACUUCAUUAGUUUGUUUAGUCUCACUGAUUAACAGAAAAAAAUUUAUAUUUUUGUUUCGGAAAAAUGGAAAUGACUGCUCAGUCUCUUUCCCAUGCCUCUGUAUCACCACCAAUCUUUCAUAAUUCUAAACCUUAUUUUUUUGCUCAUAAAUCAAUACCAUUUCACUCUCCAAACACCAUUUCUACACAUCUUCAGUUUGUUAGAAUUAGAGCAAGAAAGCAAAGGAAUCUUGGACCUAUAAACGUUUCUGAAUCUGAAACUACAUUCACCCAACUUCAACAAGAUAGAUGGCUUCUUGAACCUGCUGGUGAUGGAGAUUCAAGGCACAUAGGGUUCAAAGUUAACAUGCCAGAUGCAUUUGAAAUUGUUUCUAGUGAGGUGACUGUUGGUCGUCUUGCUGAUAAGGCAGAUGUGGUGAUUCCAGUUGCAACAGGGUUUCUAAAUUUAACAGUAUCUGGUGUUCAUGCUCGUAUUGAAAAGAAAGGAGGAAAUCUGUUGAUUACAGACUUAGAUAGUACUAAUGGGACAUUCAUUAACGAAAAGAAACUGAUACCUGGAGUUGCUGCCUCUGUACCACCUGGAAGUUUUAUCACUUUUGGCGAUAUUCACCUUGCAAUGUUUCGUGUCAAAAAACUUGAGAAUGUAGAAGCUGCAAGCAAUCCAGAACCAGAAGAAUCUAAACAGAAGGCAGAGACGAGUAGUAGCCCAGUUGAGAGCAAUGAAACAAGUUAAACUUUUCUAAUUAAAACAUAAUUGAAAUAUCAUUUAUUGUCAAUAAAACUAAAAGUAUUUUGAUUGAUUUGAUUCUACUGUUCA